UAAAAAGAAAAUGAGGUGUUUGUCAAUUGCGUUCGUGCUGGGUCUCCUGGCCUUGGCCAGUGCUUCCCCCUUGGUGCCUGGCGAUGUGAUUAUCAACGGACACUGUGUCAACUGCAAUGUUCACGGAGGUUGAGAGCUGUUGCAACUAAAUUAAACUAGGAUUUAAAUCUCGCCACAAACAGCUGAAUACUAUGUUAAUGCCUAAGUAAUUUGCAAAAAUAUAUCUAUAAAAACAUUAAUUUAUUUUUUAU